AAUCGUGCAUCGAACUUGUCGACUUGUCUUGCUCCAAAGCAGAAAAGUGAAUAGAAAAAUCUUUCGUUUGGCCUAAAUGCUGUGUUUCCUGUAUAUCUAUUUACCUUGUGUUUAAUCGUUAAAUAUUAAAUACAGAAAGUUAUUUUACAAUGUGCGAACUAACUAACCAAUUUAUAUUUAAUGAUGAUAAAUGCAGUGGUUAGAAAUUUGUAUUUAUGUGGCAGAUAUGGUUGGUGUUUUGCACUUCGUGGAAAUAAACAUGGCCACUUGGGAAAUUGUUUAAAAUUCUAGUGAUGCGUUUUGUGGUGUGCUAGGACGAAAUUGUCGCUAUGGAGAUCGUUAUUCGACGCCCAGGCUGUGUCUGCAUGUCGGGCAGAAGUCUGGGCGCACUAUGAACUUAUUUGGUUGCCUUUUUCCUUGUGCCCUGCAGCACAAUUGGUGGAGUGUCGGCCACGAACACUGUAUGUCAGAGAAUUUCAUUUCUACUAGGAUGGGAGUGACGGCAUCGUCUAUAACAGGAGGUGAUCCUAGUACAACGCAGGGCUCAUUGGGGUUAGACCCUGCCUAUAGUCAACCUCUUAGGGACCCAAUUGGUUCUGCUCGCGAAAAGAAAAAAAGAGUGACUGGAUUCGCCACUUUAAAAAAGAAGUUUAUUAGGAGAAGAAGGUCUUCAAAGGCUUGCGAUCAUGGUAGGAUAUUGAGGGAACUGGUAUCUGACUGGAGUCCUUUAGAAAUUGCCGCCCUUCUUGAAGAAUAUGAAGCUUUGGCGGCUUUGAAAGAUCUCUGUGUGCAAGCUGAGUUGGCUAGACCUCCAGCGGCCACAUUCAAACAAGACUUAUCGGCAUUAUAUGACUUCAAAUAUUGUACUGAUGCAGAUUUAGUCUAUAGAGGAGCCUGUUUUCCUAUUCAUCGGGCCUUACUUUCUGCUAGGUGCCCAUAUUUUAGAGACUUACUGGCGGGAUGCCCUGGGUAUGGAGCCCGGAUUUGUCUGGAAUUGAGAACAGCUAUGGUCGAUGUACCACUUUUUUCUGCACUGCUGAGAUAUUUGUAUACUGGUGACAUCUGUCCUCAUAACACUAACAUUGAUAUGAACUUGUUACGACGACUGAGGGAGGAAUUUGGGACACCAAACGCUUUAGAGGCAGAUCUUCGUUAUUUACUCGAGACUGGUGAUUAUUCUGACGCCGCUUUAGUUUUUACCUCCGACGGCUCAGACUGUCAAAGGCCCGAUUCGGGUAGUUCAGAAUACGGAUUUAGGCCAAAACUCGAACUACCCUGUCACAAAGCUAUAUUAUCUGCACGAUCGCCUUUUUUUAGAAACCUCUUGCAGAGGCGCUCUAGGAGUGGCGAGGAACAUACUGAAAGGGCAUUACACAUUGCUACUAGGAUUGUUUUAGAUGAGUCUGUUAUUCCUAAGAGGUAUGCCAGAGUGUUACUACAUGCAAUAUACCUUGACCAAGUAGAUCUGUCACUUAUAUCGCGUAACACAUGUGGUGGAUUAGGGGAGGCCCAAGCAUUAGCUCACACAGGUCGGGUUAGACCGUCCCCUUUGGAAGAAGCUAUGGAGCUAUACCAAAUCGGAAGGUUUUUGGAACUUGACAUACUCGCUCAGGGUUGUGAAGAUUUAAUAUUAGAAUGGCUAUCUUUGGAUACCCUACCGACAGUUUUGCAAUGGUCCAAACAACCCCACGGGUCUGCUUGGGUUCAUAGACAGGCUUUGCAUUUCCUGCGGGAAGAAUUUCAGCCCGUGGCACAAUCCCCCGUGUUGCACCAUUUGGAUAAAGCGCAUAUAGUUGAGGUUUUGAAGAGUCCCUUUUUGCAAGCCAGCGAGUUGGAAAUAUUGCACGCUGUCCUAAAAUGGGGUGAAAAUGAACUGAUUCGUAGAAUGGAAGACCGAGAACCAAAUAUUGUCAGUCAUACUGCCCACUCUGUCGCAAGGAAGGGAGUAAAGAAAAGGGAUUUGAGCGAUAUAGAAUUAAGAGAAAUAUUGUCUGAUUUAUUGCCUUUAGUUAGGAUGGAUCACGUUCUUCCUCCAAAUAGCGAUAUCCUUAGUCAAGCUAUUCGUAGAGGUUUAGUCAGUACCCCACCUAGUCAUAUGAUUGGAGGAGAACGGGAAAAUUUGAGAGUAAAUGCCUGGAUCCGCGGGAACAAAAAUAAUGGACUCUUCGUUCAGCCACGUUUGUUCAUGCCGUACUAUGACGAAGUGAAAGUGUUGGUUGAAGACCAAUUGGUUCAGGAAGUUGAAAUGAUGAGGAUGAGAAGAGCCAGAUAUAUGCAAGACAUCCCGGAUACAUUGUACAUGGUGGAAGAUAAACCACGAGCCGCUUCGCACGGACCUGCAGGAGUGGACGUCCUGGCAUCGGCACUGCCAGUUCCCGAUCCUGCUGUUAUGAACGCGAUGUUAAAACGGGAGCAAAAAUUACGCCAGUCUCCCAGUUGCCAACGAGCCUUGAAUAUGCCUUUAUCUUCACGACAGGAAAUUAAUCGCCAAAUUAGAUUGAGAGUAGUCAGAGAAUUUAAUUUACCCGAUCCCGUCGCGGACAUGCUAGAAAACUGCUAUUGCGUUCCCGAUUUGAGUGACAAUGAAGUGGGAACCGAAGCCCAAAUACACAAAUCUCCUAAUAAAAGUAGAGGAAGCAGAUACGGAAAUAACUCUUCAAUGACAUUCCCGAGAGGCAGCGGUGCCGCGUUUACUCAUAGACAAGAGUUACCCGCUUUGGUACCAGAUGGAGACUUCAGAUUUUCCACUGAACCGGAAAGUAGUUCUUGCAGCGACGGUCACUUGUCGGACAUUAUGCCCGACGUAGCCAUGGCCACGGCAGCCAUUAGUCAAAUGCAAGUUCAGGAGCAACAAGAGCUCGAGCUAGACCUCGGUGACGGGACCGCACGGAUGCACAGUGGCAGUCUUGGUAGCGGCGUCCUACCCACCCUUCAUCGCCCUUCUUUGCACCAGUACCGCUUGUACCAACCUUCCUCCACUUAUCCACACCUUAGAUCUGAUUCUUACCACCACCCCACUCCCAGGUUUUUAUAGUUCAGGAAAUUUAGCUUUGCGGGUCAUUAAAGUAAGUCAAAAGAUGCGACUCAUUCCUUUUUUUUUAUAAGACUUUAUUUGCCAACGUGGUUCUUUCAAAAUGACAAAGCUACUUGUUCAUUUUCAUGAUGAUGUUGGGGGACAACUUUUACAGGCUAUUUUAUAAUAAGAUGCUAAUCCUUGGAUGAUUUGAAGAAAAAAAGUUUAUAUCGAUGUGGUCCCCAAUCGCGUUAUUUUUGAUAUACAGGGUGUUGAAAUGAAAAAUAACGGGGUGCUCCUAAUUUUUAUUGAAAAUUGUUUUAAUUAAAUUCAAAGUUAGACAAUCCUAAUUUAUUAUUGAAUAAGAAAAACUAAAAAGAAAAGAAAAAGUUAUUUCAUUUACAGUUAUGUGUGAAGAACUAGCAUUGGUUCUAUGCAACGCGAGUCUCUAACAAACAAUCAACAAAAUUUUUGAAGCAUUUUCAAUGAACAUGAGGAAAAAUCGUUUUUUUUUACUAAAUAGUUGCAACACCCUGUAUAUCAAAACUAAAGCGACUGUUGUAACCUUUUUUUCUCAAAGUGAUCAGCAUUUUAUCAUGAUAUACCCUGUGUAUCGGUUAUUCUUUUGCAGAGGGGCUGCAAAAGUUUAUCAUUAAAUAGUCAAAGUAACGUCAAAAUGUGACUUAUGCGUAUGCGCAGACAAAAUAUGGCAUCGCUCAAUGAAACUGUCUAGUUAAAGAUAUUUCUAAUUACAAAAAAAUGUUGUCGAGAAAAAAAUUAAUUCUUGCAUUAUUUAUUAAUAAAUUUGUAUACAUUACAUUCCAUCCCUUUCUUGAAAGUGACUAUUUGGUAAGAUUUAUUUUUUGUUAUUUAUAUGUCCAUGGUUAAAAAGUUACCAAAAUGUUAUACAUGUAAUUCUUUUUGUCAAAUAGCAAUUGCAAGAAUUUUAAAUUUUGAAACCCUGAGAUUAUUCCUAAUCCUAACCUAGGUAAAACGAAAAUGGUGUGUUUAACCACUGGAACCUUGAACUCGUAUGAAGGGCCAUUUCGUAACAUGGAUUCCUCCAAGAAAAUAACCGAUAAAUGUCAAUUUUAAGUAGUACUGCUUGGUGACUUUACAGUUUCAAAAGCAACCAAUGAAAAAUGUCUGAUAACACUAUUUGAAAAUGACAUUUGCCCUUUCAUCAACCGCAGUACCAUCAAUGACCCAUAAAAUGCUAUAGUAAUAAAGGGAUGAGGCAUUUAAAAAAAAUAAGGUUUAUAUUUUAAAUGCAAAUUUCAUGGUUUUAGAAAAUAGUCUUCGAAACCAAAUGUCUAUUUUGAAUGUAAAAUCUGUGUUUAAUUCGAGAACCUCGAGCAAAAAUCGCCCGAAGCACACAUAAUAUAAUACUUGUUUCAUUUUAAAAUCACAUUUACAAACCAAAUAUAUAGGAGGAUUAAUAAUACUUGGUGAUGGAGGUUAAAACUUUGCCGGCCUGGUUAUUUGUGCGUGUUCUGUAUAUAUAGAGGUGUUUUUGUCACCAAUGUAAAUCUGUGAUUUUCUGUAACGAGAACAUCGUUCUAGUUCUAAAUGCGUUAUUUAUUAAACGAUUGGUUUUAAAGUUGAGAGUGGGUUUUUGUCAUAUUGGGGGCUAACCAAAGAUUCCUCAACUCUUUGGGAAAUUUACUUAAAAUCUACUACUUCAACAGUAAUUCAAAUGUUAAGAGUUCUUGGGAAGCUAUUCAUGUCUAUAUUAAUAUCCAAGAUAUUAUAUCCAAAAGAAAAUAGCUAUCCAAAUUAAUUUUCCCUACAUGCUAGUGUCUAUAUUUUCCAUUAUAAUGUUCUAUGUUUAAUUGUAUGUAUAAAAGUCCAGCCCCCAUAUAGCCUUGUUAUUGGGACACGCUGUUUACACUGACUCGUGUUAAUUCUGUAUUAAUGUACCUGUGUCUGUUGUCUUAGGUGUUGCCGUAUCGCUGUUUUCGUGUAAAUAUAUAAAUAUUAUUAAAGACUGUCUCGGUUCAAUACUCUCCUGUAUUAUAUAAGUGCAAUUGGUACUUACAAUUUUUUUGUGAAGAAAAAAAUCGACUGUAAAAGAUUUUGUUCAAUUUUUCCUUCUAUUCACUUUCUCCGAGAAUGUGUAAAGCCUUUAGAUUCAAUUUACAGUUUCAGAAUAGUUUGUUGUAUUAAUAAGCAGUUAUUCAUGUUCUGACUUAGCCUGAACUUUCGCACUGUUCGUUUAAGCAUUAAGCAUCACUAAAUUAAUAUAUGUAGCUUCAAAAUUCGUUUUUCAACAAACAAGAAUAAUUUGGCCACUCAUCAAUUGAAAAUUUCAAUUUCUAGUUUUUUUUUUUAAUUUUUUGUCACAUAUGUUGUCUCGAUCCCAUUAGACAAUAAAGCUUAUUCAUCUGCUUUCCGUGCUGAUAUUUUAAUGAAAAUAUAUGCACGUGAUUCAUUUGUAGGCAAUAGAAGUAAGAUUAAAGUGAAUUAUAUCAAAACUGAAAACAUCUUCCGAAUAUUUAUUUAAGAUGCCGCUUAAUCAGUUGUAUGUAUUUGUACAUAUCAAUUUUCUUUAUUUCGUGUUUUAAACACCAAAAAAUAUUCAUACAUUUUGUCCUUAUACUUAGGGAGUAAUGUAGAGAUCGAAAUGAUAUACAAAAUUACCAAGUUAGAAAAUAAUUGGUUUAAGAUCUCUGCCUUGCUCCUUAGGUCAGUUCACAAAUUAUCUGUGAUUAUUUCGUUGCUAUUUGAAGUUUGAAUUUUGCUUAUUCUACUUAACUGGUUGAUACAGAUUCGCCAUUUUGUGAUAUUUAUUCUAAUGUAUAUUUGCGUGUAAUCUCAUAAUGGAAUUUCAGAUUGUUAAUUACUUGUAAUUAAUUGCAAUGUAAGCAAUACAAAACGAAUACUGCCUGAGCAAAUUAAAGUUUAUUGUGAACUACAAACAAAAUAGUUUGGGCAUGCUUCUCCUAUUUUAUAAAUUUCAUUUAUCCAUAAUGCUGAUUUAAAAAGUGUUAGCUUGUCUUGAUUGUUUUGAUUUUUAAACUCGAUGGGGUUGUUCAGUGGUUAAUUCUUUUAACGAUAUAAAGGAUUAUUAUGUGCGAGAAGUUGUUUUAACUAGAAUAGCCAAUGUUUUAAAAAACAUUUGGUAUUAUUUAAAAUAUAUGGUGGAUCAUUGUAAGUUUAAAAUAAAAGCAAAAUGGGAGAAUCUGUUUUUUUUUUUAGUAUUAGGGGAAUAUCUAUUGUUUUACAUUAAUUUUUUGUUGUGUAUUCGAAUAUACAUUUUAAUUUAAUAAUUAGACUCGUUCAAAGACUUACUCGAAAACAAAUUAUUUUUUACAUCCACCAUAAACUGCUUUUUAGGUAUGUAUUUCCAUUGUUUAUGCGGUAUAUUAAGUUCAUGGCUUCCAUAAUUUAUUUAUCUGUAAAUAAUUUAAUUAAAAAAAUUAGUCUA